AUGGAAGAUUUUCAGGAGGAUGCAAUAAUACAUAAGGAAGAGAACUUUGUUCAUAGAAUUGUUCUCUUUAAGGACCUCCAUCUCUGCGAUAAGUUACAGGAAAAUAUUCGUGAUGCAGCUUUUGAAAACCCUUCACCUGUUCAAUCUAUUGCCAUUCCAAAGGUUCUUUUGGGGAUGGAUGUACUGUGCCAAGCCAAAUCUGGCACAGGGAAAACAGCCGUAUUUGUUUUGGGAACUUUGGAAGCAUUUGUAAAAAAUAAAACCAGGACACUAGUGAUUGUUCACAAUGUAGAAAUGGUGGAGCAAAUAAAGAGCGAAUAUAAGAGGUUUAGUAGGGGGAUCGAUGUGAAAAUUGAAGAUAUAUAUAGUGAUUGUGGAGUUUCCAGCGAUAUUUUAAUCGGAACACCAGAAAGUAUCGAAAAAGUCUUAUCUGAACAAGAUAGAGGUCGAUUUUCAUAUGGAAGAAGUCAUGAAUCUACUGCCAAUCAUCCAUUCAAUGGGAUACCUCAAGCAUCUUUGGAUUUUAUUUUGUCCAACGAUUUUUCAAUGAUUGUCGUGGACGAGUGUGAUCUGAUAAUUGCAGAUCUGAAAUCACUGAAACAUAUUUUUCUCAAUAAAACUAUUUUAAUGUUUACUGCAACUUUAACCAAGAGGUCUAAAAGUGAAUGCCUAGCUCUUCUAAAGAAUCCCUUUGAAAUUUAUGUUGAUGAUGAUUCAAAAUUGACCCUACAUGGCUUGAAACAGUUUUACUUAGAAACAAAAGAGUCGGAGAAAAUCCAGCAUCUAAAGCAUAUUAUCAGUAGAAAAAUUGAUCAGGAUGCUGAAAUUAGCAAAAUGAUCAUAUUCUGCAAGAGAGUUCAGAAUGCCAAAUUUAUUGAGUCGCAGUUACCAAAUUGCAGAGCAAUCACUCCAUACAUGAGUAUGAAUGAAAGAAUUUCUGUUUUAAACGGAUUUAAAAAUAAGGAGUUCUCUAUCUUAAGCACAACAGAUAUUUUAUCGAGAGGAAUUGAUAUUCAGGACAUUAAUAUUGUUAUAAAUUAUGAUAUUCCCGAAACCCCACAAAUUUAUUUACAUCGAGUCGGAAGAGCUGGACGAUUUGAAUCAGAAGGCUUGGCCAUCAAUUUUGUAAAUGGUCAAAUAGAUACUAUUAGACUAAACGAAAUAAUGGAU